UCUGUGCUCGUCAUUAUACACCCGUCCGUGUCUUGGCCUUAACGGCUCUUGCAUUUGAUAGCAAGGUAACUUAAAGCUAGCUACUUGUUUGAAAUACAGCCAAUUCCACAUGUUAAGUUCUGCUAAGAAUAGCUAGCUAUUUGACAAGUUCUUCGUCGUUACCGAAGUACAAUUGCUCAUUACCAGCUGUGUUUACCGCUAAUGAGCAGCAGAUGGCGGUGUUCUUUUCUUUUUAGGGCAGCACUGACAGCAUGAUCCCUGUGCGUUUUUGGAAAUGAGCAUUUAACCUGUGUGGAGGCAGAGCGAGUAGAGCUGUGGACUGGACCACAAAAAUGCUGAAUGCAUUCCCAAGCUUUUAGUCGUUGCGGAAACUAAAGUGGUCAAUGCCAACGAUUCCCCCGAAGGCCAUGGGCUGGUGUGCAGGUGAGCCGACGUGAGAACUGGCUCCCGAAAGGAACCGCUUCGCACAUGGGGGCCGUGUCACCCAACCUUAUUCGCAUUUAACUGUUUAAAGACGGACUCCGGAGCACAGAGCCAUGUCUAGAGACAGCAUGACAGAUAAACGAGGAGCCCAGUUGCCUAAGGAGAAUGGACAUAUCGAGCCGAGCCCCGCGCAGCCCAGCGCCAACUUUCCCCAUCCUUCAGUGGGGAACAUACCCGAUGAUAUCCCGGUGUCCUCGAACAGCGAGUUGACACAGACCUGGGCUCACGUUGCUAAAACGUUUGUUCUGAUUUUCCCUAUUUACGCAUUGGGCUAUUUUGAGUUCAGUUUCAGCUGGCUGUUGAUUGGACUUGUUAUCUUCUUCUGGUGGAGGAGAAUCACUGGAGGGAAGCACAGCCGACUGAGCCGAGCUCUUGCUUUCUUUGAGCAAGAGGAGAAUAUCAACCAGGGUCUUGCGAGCUCUGAUUUACCACCAUGGGUCCACUUCCCAGAUGUAGAGCGAGUGGAGUGGCUGAACAAGACAGUGAAACAGAUGUGGCCGUACAUCUGCCAGUUGGUGGAGAAAUUGUUCCACGAGACGAUCGAGCCGGCGGUGAAGGAGUCGAACGCCCACCUCAGCACCUUCUGCUUUAGCAAGAUCGACUUGGGAGAGAAACCCCUGAGGAUCAACGGGGUCAAGGUUUACACAGAAAAUGUAGACAAGCGACAGAUCAUCAUGGACCUACAGAUCAGCUUUGUUGGCAACACCGAGAUUGACGUAGACAUCAAACGCUACUACUGCAAAGCCGGCAUAAAGAGCAUCCAGAUCCACGGCAUGUUGAGAGUGGUGAUGGAGCCGUUGCUGAGUGAUAUGCCUCUUGUUGGAGCUCUCUCUGUGUUCUUUCUCAAGAAGCCACUUCUGGACAUAAACUGGACUGGCCUCACCAAUAUACUUGACAUUCCUGGGCUCAGUGGCUUCUCUGACAAUCUGAUUCAAGACAUUAUCAACAGCUAUCUGGUUUUACCCAAUCGUAUCACCAUCCCCCUGGUUGGGGAUGUCGAACUGGCCAGACUACGCUUUCCCAUGCCAAAGGGAGUCCUGAGGAUUCACUUCUUGGAGGCUCAGGAUCUGGAAGGGAAGGAUACCUUUCUGGGAGGGCUGAUCAAGGGCAAAUCCGACCCGUACGGUGUCCUGCAGAUUGGCAACCAGCUGUUUCAGAGCAAGACUGUGAAGGAGAGCCUCAAUCCCAAAUGGAACGAAGUUUAUGAGGCUUUGGUGUACGAACACUCAGGUCAACACCUUGAGAUUGAGCUGUUUGAUGAGGAUCCUGACAAAGAUGAUUUCCUGGGAAGCCUGAUGAUUGAUAUGACAGAGUUGCACAACGAACAGAAGGUUGAUGAGUGGUUUGACCUGGAAGAAGCUCCUACUGGGAAACUCCACUUAAAACUGGAGUGGCUGUCUCUGCUCUCCACUCCUGAGAAGUUGGACCAGGUGCUGCGAAGUGUGCGUGCAGAAAGGAGCCUGGCCAAUGAUGGACUAUCGUCAGCACUGCUUGUGGUCCAUCUGGACUCAGCAAAGAAUUUGCCUAGUGUCUUCACAGGCAGCUUAGGCUGUGGCAACUUAAGUGAGAGGAGAGCAUCUGGUCUAGUCUUUUGUGAGAGCAAUACUUCAGAAUAUAGAACAAUAUUUUGUGCAAAGAAGAGUAGCAGCGAACCCAGUUCGUAUGUCCAGUUUACUGUUGGACACAAAACACUUGAGAGCAAGAUCCGGUACAAGAACAAGGAGCCACUGUGGGAAGAAUGUUUCUCCUUCUUUGUUCACAAUCCCAGGAGGCAGGAGCUUGAGCUGGAGGUAAAAGAUGACAAGCACAAAUGCACCCUGGGUAAUUUGACGGUGCCCUUAAGCGGCCUGUUGGAGGAGAAGGACAUGACGCUGACUCAGUGCUUUCCUCUUAAGAACUCCGGGCCCAGCUCCACCAUUAAAAUGAAGAUGGCCCUGAGGAUCCUGUCCCUGGAGAAGCAGGUAUCCUCCGACCAGCCCUCCUCCGUCCAGAUCAGGAAGUCCAGUGUGCCGCAGCCAACCCCAGCCCCCACCCAGAGACGAUCAGCCUCAGAUUCCCCGCUGCCUCCACCCACGCCUCCACCACCCAUAGACGCUUCCACCCUCACCCUCCAACACAGGGACGGCGAGCCAUAUUCAGCCAGCCCUCUCCGCAGUUUCUCUAACCUGAGCACCUGCAUGUCUAGUUCCCAGAAACACCUGCCUCACAAGGAGUCCACACCCAGCCUGGCCUCGGAUAUCUCCCUGCCCUUUGCCACCUUGGAGCUUCAGCAAAGGCUUCGUCAGCUGCAGAAUGGUUCGGGCCCCAGCCAGUACCCCCUGGGCGAGAUCCAACUGACUGUCCGACACAGCUCCCAAAGGAACAAACUCAUUGUGGUGGUGCACGCUUGCCGUAACUUGAUAGCCUUCACCAAAGACAGCUCGGAUCCCUACAUACGCCUCUGUUUGCUGCCUGACAAGAGCCGAACGGGGAGGAGAAAGACCAGCACAAUCAAGAGGAACCUUAACCCUGUUUAUGAUCAAACGUUUGAGUUUAGUGUAUCUAUGGUGGAGCUCCACAGGAGAACUCUGGAUGUAGCAGUGAAGAACGGAGGGAGCAUCCUGUCCAAACACAGAGGGCUUUUGGGAAAGGUUCUGGUAGAUUUAAGUGGGGUGGAUAUAUCAAAAGGAUGGACACAAUGGUAUGAUCUGAGUGAAGAUGGUGUGUCGUGUCAAGGCAUAAGAAGUAUUCAAGACUCCCUCCUCACACAAUGAAACCACCUCUCCGCUGUAAUAUAGUGAUUUGUUAAUAUAAGGGCACACCAUUUUGUUGUAUUCAUGUAAAUUUUUCAUAUAGUUUACAACACUUAUUUUAGCAUGCAAGACAUUUUUUAAACAACUAUCAUUUAAUUAAUGUGAGAUAUUGUCACAUAUUGUAAUGAAACACACCAACUGCCUUGUCUCUAUUUUCAGUGUUUUAUGUAAAUAUCAAAUAACUAAUAUAUAAUAAUUUGCAGGGGUUUUCAUGGCAUUAUAUUUCCUUAAAAGAAAUAAUAUUGAAAUGUGUCAGAAAUGUUAUUGCUUUCUGUCGCAUUUGUUCAAAUGUGACAAAUUCUGGUUUGUCGUCUGAGAGAACUCUUACCAAAGGAACAGAUAGAAUCACAAAAGUAGGCUUAAGUAGCAGUCUUGACUUUGAUAUUUUUUUGUCAUGCCGUGUUAUUUGAUUGUUUACCUGUUAUUGUUCUUUAUGCUUGAUUACAAACAUGGAAUAAACAUAUGCAGCGAAAAAAAUGAUUGCUCUGUAUAUUUUAAGAUGACUGUGAAAUAUUGGAUGUUACUGAAUACCAGUGAGCAUUUUAGGGCUAUGAACAAGUGCUGUAUAAUAUGAAGGAUACUUGAAUCAGGUUUGAUUGAUGGAUUUGUUGAACAAACUGAAUAUUAUGAGCAGAGAUAACAGCUAUUACAUUUUAUGAGCAGGGCUGCCAGAACUUGUUGUUAAGGUGACACAGCUAUGUCGUAAGGCAUGUACAUGUUUUACCACACAGUCAUAACUGUUGGAGGUUUUUAAUACUGUUCUUGUUAUCUAUCCUGUGCCUUAAAAAAAAAAACCCUGCUAUGUAAUUUUUGCCUUCCUAAUGUUAUUAUUUUGAAUGAUAUGAUGCCUCAUGGGUUUUGAAGAAUAAAUGGUUUCUCUUGUGAA